CCGCUGCCCGCGGGUUGGCGGGGGCGGGAGGCGUCGGAGCGUGCCGCCCUCUUCUCUCCCUUCCUCCUCCUCCUCCUCCUCCUCCUCCUCCUCCCCCUCCCCGCCGAGCCGGCAACAUGAACUGAAAUCCCCAGAGAGGCACAGAGGCGGCGAGCGAGCGAGAGGAGCGGAGAGGAGCGGAGCGGAGCGGAGGCAAGCGGGGAUCUAGCGGCUCUCUCCUCUCCUCUCCUCCCCUCCCGCAGCCGCGGUUCGGGCAUUGCGCUCCCUCCGCCCCGCACAGCCUCGCCCGAGCCCGGAGAGCGGCGGCCGCCGAGCCCCGCAGCCCGAGCCGCCCAUGGCGCUCAUCAUGGAGCCCGUCAGCAAGUGGUCGCCGAGCCAGGUGGUGGACUGGAUGAAAGGUCUUGAUGAUUGCCUGCAGCAAUAUAUAAAGAACUUUGAGAGGGAGAAGAUCAGUGGUGACCAGCUACUACGGAUUACUCAUCAGGAACUGGAAGAUCUAGGAGUCACACGAAUUGGCCAUCAGGAGCUUAUCUUGGAAGCAGUAGACUUGCUCUGUGCWCUGAACUAUGGUUUGGAAACAGAAAAYCUAAAAACCCUUUCUCACAAACUGAAUGCAUCUGCCAAAAAUCUUCAGAAUUUCAUCACKGGGAGGAGGAGGAGUGGUCACUAUGAUGGAAGGACCAGUCGCAAAUUACCAAAUGAUUUUCUGACAUCGGUAGUGGAUCUCAUUGGAGCAGCUAAAAGUCUUCUGGCUUGGUUGGACAGAUCACCUUUUGCUGCUGUCACAGAUUACUCAGUAACAAGAAAUAAUGUCAUACAGCUCUGUCUGGAACUAACAACAAUAGUACAACAGGACUGUGGGAAACAUGAAACUCUUAGUCACAUUUUUCACGUGUGUAAAACUCUCUCUGGUGUCUGUGACCACAUCAUCUCCCUCUCUUCUGACCCACUGGUUUCCCAGUCUGCCCAUCUUGAAGUGAUCCAGCUUACAAACAUCAAGCCAAGUGAAGGGCUGGGUAUGUACAUUAAGUCAACAUAUGAUGGUCUUCAUGUAAUUACUGGAACAACAGAAAAUUCACCUGCAGAUCGGUGCAAGAAAAUCCAUGCUGGGGAUGAAGUGAUUCAAGUUAACCACCAAACUGUGGUGGGGUGGCAGUUGAAAAAUUUGGUGAAUGCACUACGAGAGGAUCCGAGUGGUGUUAUCUUAACUUUGAAAAAGCGACCUCAGAGCAUGCUUACCUCAGCACCAGCUUUACUGAAAAAUAUGAGAUGGAAGCCCCUUGCUCUGCAGCCUCUUAUUCCCAGAAGCCCUACAAGCAGUGUUGCCACUCCAUCCAGCACUAUCAGCACACCAACAAAAAGAGACAGCUCUGCCCUCCAGGAUCUCUACAUACCCCCUCCUCCAACAGAACCUUAUGUUCCAAGGGAUGAAAAGGGAAAUCUCCCCUGUGAUGAUGUUGGCAGACAUAUAGUGGGCAAACCGGUUCAUACAGGAUCUGAAUCCCCAAACUCAUUUCUGGACCAGGAGUAUCGGAAACGCUUUAAUGUGGUUGAAGAAGAUGCAGUUUUGUACUGCUAUGAAUAUGAGAAAGGAAGAAGUGGUCCUGGAAGGAGAGAGAGCACACCAACAUAUGGGAAGCUGAGGCCUAUUUCUAUGCCAGUAGAAUAUAAUUGGGUGGGAGAUUAUGAAGAUCCCAAUAAAAUAAAAAGAGAUACUAGGAGAGAAAAUUCAUUGCUUCGUUACAUGAGCAAUGAGAAAAUAGGUCAAGAAGACUACAUGUUUCAAAGGAAUAGCAAAAAGGAUACUGGAAAGAAGUCCAAAAAGAAGGGAGACAAGAGCAGUAGUCCAAGUCAUUACUCUCUGUUGCCKAGUUUACAAAUGGAGUCAUUGAGACAAGAAGUCAUGGGCACACCUGGACCAGAAACUGCUUUGUACCAUACAUUUCAGCAGUCUUCUCUGCAGCAGAAAAGUAAAAAGAAGAACAAAGCUCCUAUUCCUGGUAAAAGCAAAAGAAGGAUCUCAUGUAAAGAUCUUGGACGAGGGGACUGUGAAGGCUGGCUUUGGAAAAAGAAAGAUGCCAAGAGUUAUUUCUCCCAAAAAUGGAAAAAAUACUGGUUUGUUCUGAAGGACACAUCUCUAUAUUGGUAUAUCAAUGAAGAGGAUGAAAAAGCAGAAGGAUUCAUCAGUCUACCUGAAUUUAAAAUUGACAGAGCCAGUGAAUGCCGCAAGAAAUAUGCAUUCAAAGCCUGCCAUCCUAAGAUCAAAAGUUUUUAUUUUGCUGCUGAACAUCUAGAUGAUAUGAACAGAUGGCUCAACAGAAUUAACAUGCUUGCUGCUGGCUAUGCAGAAAGAGAGAGGAUCAAACAAGAGCAAGAUUACUGGAGCGAGAGUGACAAGGAGGAAGCUGACACUCCAUCAACACCGAAGCAGGACAGCCCCCCGCCCCCGUACGACACGUACCCACGGCCACCUUCA